CGUGCAGAUUCUGGAGAGAGACGUGCUUUCAGUGAAGCAGGGGAGGGGCCAGUGAUAGAAGCUGUUUACACAAAAGAGGAAAUCUGUGAUCAGGAGUGGUGUGGAAGAAUAAUGGAGAUUACAGACCUGACAAUUGUAGAAAGUAAAGAGAUCCCUGAACUUGAACCUGUCCACAUUAAAGAGGAGGCCGUAGAGCUGGAGUGUGAUCACAUCACAGAGGAAGUUAGUGAAGAAAAUAAAGUCGAUACACUGGAGAAGAAUAUAGUUAAGAUGGAAUCUAGCCGCUGUGAAGAUUAUCCUCCUGAACAGAUCUGCAUGAAACCCAAUCAGCCUGUCUCUGAAGACACUGGUUCUAGUGUUGGAGAAGAGGGCACUGUGCUGGGGUCCAUUCAGAGGAAACAUCACCCCCCUCAGGAAAGAGCUGCAGAUGGAAAGGAGGAAGGAGCGAUGCCGUCCACGAGCAGCACAGCAUAUCUAGGAAGACGCACCUCCACUCCAGCACCCCAGAGCAAAAUCUCUUCUGAUGGGAAACUGCAGCGUAAGCAGAAACACAGAGAGUCGACACCCCACGAUGAAUAUGUGAAGAAACUGAGAACUGACUCUCUUCAGAAUCUUUCUGCACAAGAUAGCCGACCACUUCCUGUGGGAUUUACAGUGACUCCACACCAGCGUAUUCACACAGGAGACAAACCCAAUCACUGUAUAGAGUGUGGGAAGACAUUCAGAUUUGCAACUGGAUUAAAACUACACCAGCAAACUCACACAGGAGAGAAACCAUACGAGUGUCCUGACUGUGGGAGGAGUUUUAAUCAGAAAUGUAACCUCCAAACACACCAGCGAAUUCACACAGGAGAGAAACCGUUUCACUGUGCAGAUUGUGGGAGGCAUUUUAAUCAGAAAGUUUCUCUUCAAAAACACCAGCUAACUCACAGUACAGAUAAACCAUUUCACUGUGCUGAUUGUGGGAAGACAUUCAGACUUACAACUGGAUUAAAACUACACCAACGUAUUCACACAGGAGAUAAAACAUACGAGUGUCCUGACUGUGGGAAGAGUUUUAUUGAGAAAAGUAACGUUCAAGCACACCAGCUAACUCACAGUACAGAUAAACCGUUUCACUGUGCUGAUUGUGGGAAGAGUUUUAAUCAGAAAUGUAACCUUCAAACACACCAGCGAAUUCACAAGGGAGAGAAACCGUUUCAAUGUGCUGAUUGUGGGAAGAGUUUUAAUCAGAAAUGUCACCUUCAAAAACACCAGCAAACUCACACAGGAGAGAAACCGUAUGAGUGUCCUGACUGUGGGAGGCGUUUUAAUAAUAAAGGUAACCUUCAAACACACCAGCGAACUCACACAGGAGAGAAACCGUAUGAGUGUCCUGACUGUGGGAGGCGUUUUAUUCAGAAAUCUAACCUUCAAUCACACCAGCUAACUCACAGUACAGAUAAACCAUUUCACUGUGCUGAUUGUGGGAAAGGUUUUAAUUGUAUAACUUUACUUGAAGCACACCAGCGAAUUCACAAGGGAGAGAAACCGUUUCACUGUGCUGAUUGUGGGAAGAGUUUUAAUCAGAAAUAUAACCUUCAAACACACCAGCGAAUUCACAAGGGAGAGAAACCAUUUCAAUGUGCUGAUUGUGGGAAGAGUUUUAAUCAGAAAUAUUACCUUCAAUCACACCAGCGAAUUCACACAGGAGAGAAACCGUAUGAGUGUCCUGACUGUGGGAGGCGUUUUACUCACAAAUCUAACCUUCAAUCACACCAGCUAACUCACAGUACAGAUAAACCGUUUCACUGUGCUGAUUGUGGGAAAGGUUUUAAUCGUAAAACUUUACUUGAAGCACACCAGCGAAUGCACAAGGGAGAGAAUCUGUUUCACUGUGCUGAUUGUGGGAGGCGUUUUAAUCAGAAAUGUGACCUUGAAAAACACCAGCUAACUCACACAGAAUAGAAACCGACAGCUUUGAAAAUCCAUUUACAAACAUUAAUACUGAAGCUAAAUGGAAGAGACAUUUCAGUGAAAAACGAGGUGUAGUGUAGCCUGUUGAGGUCCCUCUAGGAGUAAGAUUUGACAGCAGAAGAAACCGGGAUACAGGCACAUAUGAUCACGAUCCUGUAACUGACAAGUGUAUUUAUAUUCCAUUGUUAGAAUCUUUAAAGUUUAUAUUUUGGAGUCCAGACAUUUGUAAUCCUAUUGUACAACCUUGUGAACAAAACGCGGUUUAUAAAGAUUUCUGGUGACGGCAGCUGCUAUAGAAAUCAUCCACUUUUCUCUCGGCAUAGAAAUGCAUUUGAAAUACAACUUUACUAGGAUGACUUUGAAACUGCAAACCCAUUAGGAUCCAAACAAGGGAUACAUCAAAUUGGAAGCUUAUAUUUUAUUCUUAGAAAUCUUUCACCAAAGGUAAAUUCAGCACUAAUGAAUAUUCACCUUGUUUCACUGUUUCACAUACAAGAUAUUAAAAAGUAUGGAUUUAAUGCUAUACUACAACUUCACAUUGAUGAUUAAAACAUUCUUGAAAGUACUGGAAUUAAAGUUCCUUUUUCUGAAGAACCAAUUGAUGGUACAGUUGCUCAGGUCACAGGAGAUACCUUAGGGGUGCACACACUUCUGGGGUUCAGGGAAUCUUUCAGUUCAGUUUUUUUCUGUCGACUCUGCUUGAUUGAUAAGAAUGCGUCUCAGUCAGUAUUCAGCGACGAUGAUUCUAACAUCAUAUUACGUGACAGAGUUUUGCAUGAACAGCAUUGCAAUGAUCUGUUAGCAGUCCCUACAUGACCCUCCUCCUUUGGAGUGAAGCGAUAUUGUUUGCUGAAUGACUUACAGUUUCUUUCUCAUUUCUGAUCAUUUUGCUUUUGAUAUUAUGCGCGAUGUCCUCGAAGGCAUCCCCCAGUAUGAAAUGAAGUUGCUUUUUGGCUCUCUCUCUGACAGUGUCAUCUCCAUGCAUGACAUCAUUAAUAGAAUUAUGGUUUGUUGGGGAGAAAGAAUCGUCCAAGGUUCAAUCUAGAGCAGUCUGGCAUUGGGAUAGAGCUCAACGUUAUGCGGGCAGCAGUGUGGAGUAGUGGUUAGGGCUCUGGACUCUUGACCGGAGGGUCGUGGGUUCAAUCCCAGGUGGGGAGACACUGCUGCUGUACCCUUGAGCAAGGUACUUUACCUAGAUUGCUCCAGUAAAAACCCAACUGUAUAAAUGGGGAAUUGUAUGUAAUAAAUAAUGUGUUAUCUUGUAACAAUUGUAAGUUGCCCUGGUUAAGGGCGUCUUCUAAGAAAUAAAUAAUUAUAUUCAAACAUUCUGCUUAAUUAAAAAUAUUGCCUUAGUAUUUGGAGACAUUGUAAAUGAGGGAAACAAAAAUCUGAGCUUGCUUCUGAUGUUAUUAAAUAUCUUCAAUAUUGUUUUUUCACCAGUGAUUACUGAGGGUAUGACAGUGUAGCUCAAGCACCUAAUUAGGCAGCAGUGUGGAGUAGUGGUUAGGGCUCUGGACUCUUGACCGGAGGGUCGUGGGUUCAAUCCCAGGUGGGGGGACACUGCUGCUGUACCCUUGAGCAAGGUACUUUACCUAGAUUGCUCCAGUAAAAACCCAACUAUAUAAAUGGGUAAUUGCAUGUAAAAUAAUGUGAUAUCUGUAUAAUGUGAAAUAAUGUAUAAUGUGAUAUCUUGUAACAAUUGUAAGUCACCCUGGAUAAGGGCGUCUGCUAAGAAAUAAAUAAUAAUAAUUGCAGAA